AUGUCGCUGGAGAUCAGCAGCCAACCGCCAACACGCUCACUUAGGGGUAAAGUUGCUAUAGUAACAGGUGCAGGCUGCGCUGGGGAUGGCCUUGGCAAUGGCCGAGCCAUAUCAAUAUUGCUCGCGAGCGACGGAUGUCACGUGGUAUGUGUCGACCGAAACCUAGAGUGGGCGUCAAGGACCGUGGACAUCGUGAACUCAGAGCCCGGGCGCGGGGAGGCCGUUGCUGCCGAGGCGGAUGUGACGCAUGAGAAAGCCUGUCGGCGGGUAGUCGAGCUUGCCAUUGAAAGAUUUGGCAGACUCGACAUCCUGGUCAACAACGUGGGUGUUGGUGGUGCUCCUGGAACAGCCGUCGAAGUAGACAUGCAACUCUGGGCAAAGGGUUUGGAGAUAAACGUCUCAAGCAUGGUUAUAAUGGCCAAAUUCGCCGUCCCUGUCAUGAAACGCAACCAAGGCGAGCUCAAAGGGUCAAUUGUGAAUAUGGGCAGCGUUGCGGGAUUAAAGGGCGGCACACCUCAUUUGCUUUACCCUACUAGCAAGGGCGCCAUUGUCAAUAUGACACGGGCAAUGGCUGCACAUCAUGCAGAUGAUGGUAUCAGAGUCAACUGUGUUUGCCCAGGGAUGUUGUACACGCCCAUGAUGUAUGCUGGAGGUAUGAGUGAGGAGGCACGAGAAGCCCGCAAAAAGCGAAGCUUGCUUGGGACAGAGGGAACAGGAUGGGAUUGUGCUUGCGCAGUUGUAUUCUUAGCAAGCGAACAUGCGAGGUGGAUCACAGGUGCCAUCCUUCCUGUCGAUGCUGGUGCUACUGCAGCAGUUGGGAUUGGCUUGCCAAAAGCUGCGAGCGUCAACGGCGGUCAAUAA